AGGGGACGCGAGAGAGAGCGGCAGCGGCGGCGAUAGCUGCUGCUUCGAGGGUGUCCUUCUUUUCUGCUCCCGCGAGGCCAUGGCCAAAGUUUCUGUUCUGAACGUGUCGGUGCUGGAGAACCCGAGCCCUUUCCACAGCCCCUUCCAGUUCGAGAUCAGCUUCGAGUGCAGCGAGGCCUUGGCCGAUGACCUAGAAUGGAAAAUAAUUUAUGUGGGUUCAGCAGAGAGUGAGGAGUUUGACCAGAUAUUAGACUCAGUGCUGGUAGGGCCAGUCCCAGCAGGGCGACACAUGUUUGUCUUUCAGGCAGAUGCCCCUAAUGCCUCCCUAAUCCCAGAAACUGAUGCAGUGGGUGUAACUGUGGUCCUCAUAACCUGCACUUACCAUGGGCAGGAGUUCAUCCGAGUUGGCUACUAUGUCAACAAUGAAUAUACCAACCCUGAGCUUCGGGAGAACCCACCCCUGAAACCAGACUUCUCUCAGCUCCAGCGAAACAUCUUGGCUUCUAAUCCCCGGGUGACUCGAUUCCAUAUCAACUGGGACAGUACCACAGAUAAAUUGGAGGACAUUGAAAACCAAGAUCCUGUCUUAAGCCUGGGGCUUCCUUUGAGUUGUCCCCCAACCAAAGGGCUAGAUCUUCCAGACUGUGCCCCCAGCAUCAUACCUGAAAAUUCCAUGGACUGCAUCUAAAUAGGAAAAAAAUGAGGCCGAGGCCGUCUGAUGGACCUGGAUCUCUACCAAGUGAAUGCUUUUGCCCUACCUUCUGGAAAAUUUUUGGGGAAAGCCUAGAGGACUUAGGUUGGGGUUCCAAGCUAUACCGAUAAGCCAGUUCAACUGGUCCUUGUGGAAAGAAAAACCUAUCGUUGGUAUGUCCAUUAGUUGAACACAGAGACUCUACCUGUUUUCUUACAGGUUUGCAGAGCAGAUGGUACUUUUGCUCUUCACUUAUGAAUUCUGCCUUCUCUCCUGGCCCUUUGGCCUUUUGGGGUACUAUGGCUCUGCAGAGAUAUUCAGUCUGUGGGUGGGUUUUUCUUGUUUUGUUUUCGGCUGCUUAUGGGCUUCCUGACCUAUAAUUGGAGAUCAUCCUACCCUUCCCCCUUGUGUUGUGUUAUUUCCUUAGUUUCUUCACCUCCCCAACCAUCUUCAAUCAGUGAUUUGCCUUAGCUUUCUGGAGUUACCAAUUAAUAAUCUUGGUAGGAUUUGGGCUCCAGCAGUUUUGAUGAGUGGCUAUUGCUAUGUUGAUUGUCACUAUUUCUCCAGCUAGAUUUUUGAUUCCUGCUUCCAUUUUGCCAACUCCUGGAAAGGCCCAUUCUCUUAGGUGCCAAGAAUGGGGUUUUGAGGGAUUAUUUAAAAAUGAGGCCAUUCUCUUCCUUUUAUUAAUGGCAUCCCAACCCAAGCAUGACUCAUUGCUCUCCGAUCUUGGCCAGAUCAGAGGAUAUGAUCAGGAACUAAACAACUGAUUUUUCUGGGCAAGAAUAACUGAAACAUGCUCACUGUAAAUCUUCCCCACUCCCUCUUUAACUCUAGGAGUUAAUUUCAGAAGGCUGCACUUAACCUUUUCUGGGGCCAUGUUAUCUCUCAGGCUAUGGGAGGGUAGGGUGGUUCUUAUGUUUUGGAGACAAAGGAAAAGAGGGCACUAUGCACAUGGAAGCAUCCCUUAGCUGUCAAAUCUUUUCCUCUGAUCUGUCCUUUGUCUCUGUGGCUACUGUUGCAUAUGCAAUUUGUAUAUUAAAAGUUUUAUAUUAAAAGUUAUGGUUAUUGGAGAAAUAAAAAGCA